AAAAAAUGUCUUGAAAGCAAACACCAAAUUAAGAAUGCUCAACAAAAACCAAAUAACGAAUUGCAUUGCCGUUUGUCGGCGGGUCAGAAGUUGGCACUCGAAACAGUUUAGAAACUGUUGACGGCAUUGCUUUUCCGCAUUCGCGGAAGUUUACGAGAACAACGAAUCAGUUUAGUUUUGGGUUUUCUGGCGUAAACGCUGAACAUCGAACAACACGUCAAAAUAUAAUUAGUAUAAGCAAAACUUGAGCAAUGUAAAUGUUCAUAGGGAGUGAAUUUAAAUUUUUGUACGGCAUUUCGGAAUAUACUAUGUAUAUGGAAUGUUGGCGAUAAAAUCCGUAAAAUCCGUAAACAGAGAAAAAAAUUCGCUGAGAUAGUUUAAAAAAUUCUGGGCUCCAGAAGAAAUAUAGCAACUAAAAAACUGUUGCUGCAAACAAACGCAAACUUUAGUUAAAUAAAAGGACUAACUGAGCACUAGUGAGAUUGUUAAAUAUAUGUACACGUGAAACUUAAAGUCCAUAAAGUGCAAGUUAUUGCCCGACGUGCUGCACACAAAUGCAUCCGGAAUUAUAUAAGUAUAAUUUUGUGUGUAUGUAAUUAAGUAUACCCAUGAUUUCACAGUCUAAUUAAACAAGUCAUGCUGUGCGAAAAUAUUACACCAAUGCAAGGUUAAAUUUACGCUGGCUAUAGUAAAGCAAUAGCAAGAGCAAAAAAAUAUAUAUAAUAUAUAAAAAAUAAAAAACAACAACAAUAAGACACGAUUAGAGGAAGUAAAGAGACGGCACAUCAACGAAGGACGCCAAUACCCAGAAUAAGCGAAUGCAGAGAAAAUAAAUGUAAGUGAAUGUGAAUGUGAAUGCCGGCUCGAGUACACGUGCAACAUGGGGUAUGUCGUCCUGCACUUACUAUUAUAUAUACAUAUUAGGGAGGCAUAAGUAAAGGUUGUGUUCGAGAAGAUUAUGGAAAAGUAAUUUACAUGCAAAACUACAUUAAAUUUAGUUCAGUUUAACGGAACACAUACAUACACUUAUAUAUAUUUACGCGUAUAAUCUGCGAAUAUAAAUAAAACUAUUUAAAUAAAAUUAUAAUAACAAAUUGUGGAACGGAAAUUUGUUGAACAACAACACGAACACUUGCCCUAAGGUUUGAGGUAGACAAAAAUUGAACUCUUAUAAAUAAAUUCUUUAAUUAUUAAGACUAAUUGAUUAAAUAAUCGAAACGAAUAUAAAGUAUUGCCGCUUAAACAUAAAAAAUCUGAUAGCGAACGCGCAAUCAUAGUUAGUUAGCAUCGUCAAGAACACCGCCCACCGCACAGGAAAAAAAAACAAAAACAAUACAAACAAGUAUACAUAUAAAAAGCACGUUAAGAAGUGCAAGCGCUGGCUGUUUCAAGACUGCAACUUACAUACAGUACAAAGAAAGCCAACGAAAUUGCCAAUGCAAACUCAUUAAUACUAAGCGCUCGUUUGAAUUUAUUGCUACCAUUUUAACCGGUCAUUUAUCGCUCAAACAAACGUCUACGAUUGACUGCCACGCUCAUUGUCUAUUCUAUUUACGGACAAUACAACUUCCUUGUGUUCCGUUUAUAAUUAAACGUCAAUACUUGAAAGAUCAUUGACAGCAACCGUCACGUGACCAUCAUCUCAUCUAUCAGCAAAUAUGGAUUUUGAUCAGAUUCUCACGAGAUGCGGCGAUUUCAGUCGCUAUCAGUUUCUGUUGUUGACAUUGUUCGGUGUAAUCAACUUCAUUGUCUCACUACAUUAUUUUACCCAAACUGUGAUAAGUUUUGUGCCCGAUCAUUGGUGCUACCAUGAAAAAUUAGUGAAUAAGUCAUUCGAUGAGAUUGCGGAGAUCUAUGCGAAGUUUCCGAAUCCAUCUUGUACGCGCCUGCUCGACAUUGACGGUGCGAAUGUAACGGUGAGUCCGGAGAGUUGUACGCGUUGGAUCUAUAAAUACGAUUAUGGCUAUCGGAGCAUGAACACAGAGCUAAACUGGGUCUGUGAUUCGGCGUACAAAGCACGCAUCGGACAGUCGUUAUUCUUUAUAGGUUCCGUUGUUGGAACCCUCUUUUAUGGACUGCUUUCAGAUAAGAUUGGUCGCUUGCCUGCUCUCAUACUUUCGAAUUUUUCGGGUUUUAUUGGGGACUUUUCGACAAUAUUCUCUCAAAGCGUUACUACGUUUUCACUCUGUCGUUUCAUAUCCGGCAUGGCGGCAGAUACGAAUUUUUACCUUAUGUAUAUUAUUGUGCUUGAAUACAUCCGUCCAUCGAUGCGUACACUUGGUCUAAAUUUGGCUGUCGGUGUAUUCUAUACAAUUGGCCUAGUCUUCACACCAUGGUUGGCUGUACUUGUUGGGCAUUGGCAACUUUAUUUGGCCUGUACUUCACUGCCAAUACUCUCCGUUGUUCUUUAUUAUUUUGUAGUGCAGGAGAGCGCUCAAUGGUUGGUCACAAGAAAUGAUGUAGACGGUGCUAUAAAGCGUUUGAAACGAGUUGCACGAUUUAACAAACGUAAAGUGACUCCAUCAGAAUUUGAAGAAUUUCGAAAACAUUGCGAAAAACAACGUCAAAAGAUGGGCGGCGAUGAGCAGGUGCACUCAACAUUGCUGGAUAUGUUUAAAACGCCACGCAUGCGCAAGCAUACACUUAUAUUGUUUUUCAAAUCCAUGGUCAUUACACUCUGUUACGAUGCGGUCUCGCGAAAUGUCGAGGGUAUGGGCAUCUCGCCAUUCGUUAUGUUCUCCUUGAGCGCCAUUGCCGUGCUGCCAUCGAGCAUAAUCGUGAUCUUGCUACAAGAUCGCAUUGGACGCAAGGGCAUGGCGGCCGGCUCGCUACUUGUCGGUGGUUUAUUUACCUCGUUGGCAGGCGUAGCGAUCGCCUAUCAACAGCACAAUCACAAUGCCGUGCUUCUGGCAUGCUUAACCAUAGCGGCGCGUUUCGGUGUGGCGAUUUCAUAUGAAUCCGGAUCACAAUAUGCCACCGAGUUGAUACCAACAUGUGUGCGCGGCCAAGGUGUGGCAGCGGUACACGUAGCUGGUUUUGCAGCAUCGUUUUUGGCGCCCUACAUUUUGUGGUUGGGCACAUUCUUCAAGGCAGCGCCAUCGAUCAUUUUGGGUGCGCUCUUUUUUACGGGUUCCUUUGUGUGUUUACUACUUCCCGAAACGCUUAACAGAACACUUCCAAAAACCGUCGAAGAGGGUGAAAUUUUCGGCAAAGGCGAACGUAUGUUUGAUUUCCCUUGUCUUUCGAAGAAAGGCAAACAUUCAUGUGACUCUGAAGAGGAAGCCUACGAGCGUAAGCAAUCGUUAACUGAUUUCGAUCGUGGCAAUGAAUCAGCCGAUGAGAAUCUCAACAGCGCGGCGUAAAUGUAUGCGAACGCGUUAGCCGCUUUAGGUGCUAAGUUUUAGAAUAAACAAAAAACACAAACAUCGGAUAACGGUAAUAUUUUGCACAGAAGCGAAAGCACACAAAAACAAUAAUUUUAUGUAAUUUUUUAUAUUAUUUGUUUUGUAUAGUCAACGUCCUUAGUUCAUAAGAGCUUACUUGUAAUGUGGUAGUUAACAGGUGCUUGGUAGGGAACGGGUGGUAAGAUUUCAGUUAAAAUUUCGAAAGAAGUGCUUAGGGAAAGAAUUUUUUACACGCAUACACAGAUAUAUGUGUAUACAUUAUAUAUUUUAAGGUAUAUACUAUAUAUAUCCUUCCUUUUGCACUAAAUAAAAUUUGUAUUAUGUAUUACAUAUAGGAAAUAAGCGAUAUGUAUCAAAAAUUAUUAAACCCUACACAAUAACGUUGUACGUACAUAUGUACUUGAAAGUUAUAAUAAUCAAACUUAGCAUUUGGCACAAUUUUACUUAAGCAGAGCUUUAAGCCAGUACUGAUUUCUAUGCAGAUGUACAACUUGAGGAAAAAAUAGAGAAAUAAAAAUAUUUUUUGUAUAAAUUUACACAUGUGUACAUACCUUAUGUAUAAAGUAAAGCAUAAAAAAUUGUUGUUUUCACAAAUAAAAGAAAAAAGAGCAUACCGAAAUAGAUUGUUCUAGUGAACAUAUAGAAGCCAUCAAAUAUAAAGAGACGAAACAUUUAUAUACACAAAUAUGUACAUAAAAAAAUUUGAUAAUAGCACAUUUAUAAAUGUAAUAGGUGCCUAAAAAUCAUUUUAUAUAAUAGCUGCAUCAAUCAUUUGAGAAUUAAUGUAUUUAAUUUUCUUUUCAGCAUAAUAAUUAGGAAAAAGAUUUAAGGAAAUUAAUGUAUAAGCUUAUAACGCAUAUAUAGAUUCCUUAAUUACAGUUAGCUUAUAGUGUACAUUUAUACAAAUUAAAUAUGUACUAUAUAAGCAUUCAUUAGUUAACAUAAAAAUUUAUAUACAUAUUUUCCUUCUUUUUCUCCAAUUACAUGUACGUGUACAUAUGUAAGCAUAUAUCGUGUAUAUAUGUAUUUACGUUUGUAAAAUUAUUUUUUAUGUAAAAAUACAAAGGAGAAGUCUCAAAAUAGUACAGUUAGCGAAUAAUUUUGUUAAACUGUCUUGUUUUCAUUUACGCCGCAUGUGUGGCGGUUGGAUAAGAGACAAUGGGCGAUGGAGGGCAGGCAGAUAUCAUAAUAAUCUAAAAUCCUGACAGCAUUUAUGACUUUACCGACCAUGGCUUCAAAUUUUCAUGAACGAAUACAAACAAAGUUAUCAAAUUAUAAGCUUAUAGCAUGUGCAUGUACAUAUAUUUGAAUAAAAUUUUACCAUUUCCAUUUUAAAGUUCAUAGAAAAAAUAAACAACCAUUCAAUACGAAUAACAAA